GAGAAAACCUUUGAGGAGGGAUGCUUUCAGAUUCUUCGCUCUGGAAAUCAAGAAGCUGGUGCAAAGUUUGCUCAAAUGUUAGUUGUCGAGAGCGAAAAUGGUGAGCCUUUGGCAGAUCUCAACCAGAUUAUCGACUGCUUCAUGGAGGUGCAAGCCGUCCAGCCAUGCACAUCAUUCCUCCUUGAAGUGCUUAAAGGUGAUAAGCCAGAAGAAGGUCAUUUGCAAACAAGAUUGCUUGAAAUGAAUCUUCUUGCUGCUCCACAGUGGUUGGUUAACUAUUUCGGCUCAUUAUCUGUCGAUGACUCCCUCGAGUGUCUGAAAGCUAUGCUUACUCAGAAUAUUCGCCAAAACCUACAGGUUGUUGUGCAAAUUGCAUCGAAGUACCACGAGCAGCUCGGCACCGAUAAACUCAUUGAUAUGUUCGAGACACACAAAAGCUACGAGGGGCUGUUCUAUUUCCUUGGGUCGAUCGUCAACUUCAGUCAGGAUCCCGAAGUGCACUUCAAGUACAUUCAGGCAGCAACACGUACGGGACAGAUCAAGGAAGUGGAGCGCAUUUGCCGCGAGUCUAACUGUUACGAUGCAGAACGUGUCAAGAACUUCCUCAAGGAGGCUAAGCUCGCCGACCAGCUGCCUCUCAUUAUCGUUUGCGACCGUCAUGAUAUGGUUCAUGAUCUUGUGUUAUAUCUUUACAGAAAUCAGCUUCAGAAGUACAUCGAGGUGUUUGUGCAAAAGGUUAAUGCUGCUCGUCUCCCUAUUGUGGUAGGCGGAUUGCUUGAUGUGGAUUGUUCAGAGGAUGCGAUCAAGCAGCUGAUUUUGAACACUCGUGGCAAGUUUGACAUUGAUGAACUUGUGGCUGAGGUUGAGAAGAGGAACAGGCUGAAGUUGCUGUCACACUGGCUUGAGACUCGUGUCCAAGAAGGAGCCACUGAUGCUGCCACACACAAUGCGAUGGCUAAGAUUUACAUAGAUUCUAAUAACAAUCCAGAUAGAUUCCUUAGGGAGAACCCAUAUUAUGACAGCCGAGUGGUUGGGAAGUACUGCGAGAAGCGCGAUCCGCACUUUGCCUUCCUCGCUUAUGAGCGUGGACAAUGUGAUGCUGAGUUGAUUGCUGUUUGCAAUGAAAACUCCUUGUUCAAGAAUCUUGCUCGAUAUCUUGUACGAAGACGUGAUUAUGGACUUUGGGAGCAAGUUCUGAAUGAGGAGAAUCAGUAUAGAAGGCAGUUGAUUGAUCAAGUUGUUCAAACUGCCCUGUCUGAAACCCAAGACCCUGAAGACAUAUCAGCGACCGUGAAAGCGUUCAUGGCAGCCGACCUACCAAAUGAGCUGAUAGAAUUGUUGGAAAAGAUUGUUCUGGAUAACUCUGCAUUCUCAGAGCAUCGUAACCUUCAGAAUCUGCUCAUCUUGACUGCAAUGAGGGUGAGUCUGCAAAAAUCAGCAAAUUUAUAA